ACGCCACUGUUUCGAAAUUUCACAUUAGCGCCGUAAUUUCGCGACAUUCGUCGGAUAACGAUCGUUGGUUUGCCGCGAGCAGCGGGUCAAGUUUUUAGGCUUUGCACGCUCUCGUUCGCGUUAGCGGGGCUAGGUCAUAGGGCGCAUUGUCCGUUGUCUUCGAAGCUUCCCAGGAAACACGGUUAGGCGGGCGCGGGAGAGAUGCUUUAAUUUAGCACUUUGCGUCGUGUGCGCGCGAUCUAUUCGUAUUUGUCGACGACUGUAAAACUCGAGUCCAAAGCUACGCGAGCGGCGCCUCGUUGUUUUGCACUGACGAAGCCGUGGAAGCCCCGUCAAAAGCGACCGAACCGAGCCACUUUUUUAUUAGCCAUGGAUAAAAAGCGGAAGGGCCGGCCCCCCAAGGCCAUUGCUGCUGCAAAGGCCAAAGCUGUGAGCACCACUCCUGCAAAGGCAGCGACUCCUGUUAAACGAGGCCGGGGAAGGCCGCCUGGAUCGGGCAAGAAGAAGUUGGCAACAGAGGGCAGUGCUAAGAAAUCUUCGCCCGCGUUGCCGGUUGCUGCCGCCACUCCCCAGAAGAAUGGCACUGGCGGUCCCGAGUGUGACCGCUGUUUACGGACAUUCUCCACCGAGCGAGGUCUCAAGGUGCACCAGCGCUGGCCCUGCAAGCUGGAUGCUGCCAAAGACGAUGAUGACGAUGCAUCAGGCGGACUUCCAUUGGAUGAUGUUAUGGACUCUGAUUCUGACUCCGACAUGCCGCUGGGUAAAGUGGGAAGCGGCAGAAGGAUCCAGGUCAAGGCUGAUCUCGAGGACGAAGUCGAGAGCAGUCCGGACCACCCCAAGGGCAGGCUCGCCAGCAGACUCGCCAGCAAGCUGGCAUCGGGCAACAAGCCGCAGCUCAUCUGCCAGCGCUGUGGGCUCAGCUACGACCCCAAGCGGGACGGUCCACGCUGCAAGCACUGCACACGCGACAACGAGCACAGUGACGAGAGCGGCGACGAGGACGACAAGGCAAGUGGCAGCCGCUCUCCGCGCUCUUGGCAGGAGGAACUCUAUGGGUGGAGUCAGCACAGCGAUCCCUCGGCCUUUGAUGGCCUCUUUUCGUUCACAGCGGGCAAAUUCGCCCCACUCAACGUGUUUGAGUAGUGAUGCUAUAGGCCUCAUUUCGUUGUUUUUUAUUGUUCUUGUAUUGCAUUCUGACUAAUGUUGCAUCAUCGGCAUCUAAGGUGAGGCCUCGGGAUGGCACCUGCUCCUGAGGUGUCACAUUCCCCAUGAAUCAAAACCCUUUUGGCUGCAGUUUUGCAGGUCACUAGUAAAGUUCCUCUUUCUUUAAGGGCUGACGUGGGUCUUAGACCAAUAGUUUUUAAAAUCUUUAUUCUUCGAAGUAUAGCAC